ACUGGUACUGCUGCCACUGUAAGAAUCCAUUCAAGUUUUUAAAAAGUCUCUCUUUAUCACUCUAUCUCUAUACCCUUUCUCUGGUCGCCGGAGAGUUCGAUAAUCCCCAAGAGAAGAAACCCAUUUCUUGGAAUUUUCCGGCGAAGCCAAUGCCCCUCAAAACUCACCUCGCCGACCUCACUCCACCCCAAAAAGACGCCUCUUAAAACCCAUAAAAAACGACAACAAAAAAGGAAACCCAGAUAAGAUAACGAUGUCAAUCUACGACGCUGCGUUUGUGAACUCCGAGCUCUCCAAGCCCACCUCCAUAUUCGGGCUCCGGCUCUGGGUCGUCAUCGGAAUCCUCGUGGGUUCACUCAUAGUCAUCACACUCUUCCUCCUCUCAAUCUGCAUCACUUCUCGCCAUCGGACCAAGCACAAGUCCAAAUCUUCGACCAAGCCCACCUCAACCAUGGCCGCCGCCAUUGAUGUACAAACCCCAGUGAUCUCCAAGGAGAUACAGGAGAUCGUUCACCACCAUCCGCAGCCUGAAAUCCAUGUCGAAAUCGGCAAACCCGACCACAGGGUCGUCGUGUUCUCGGAUCGGGCAUCCAGUGGGGAGAGCAGGGGAACGAUGAUGAGUGGAGGUGAUACGACGUCGUUUGGAAGCGGUAACGUAGGUCCUGAGGUUUCGCAUCUUGGGUGGGGAAGAUGGUAUACUCUGAGAGAGCUUGAAGCCGCCACCAAUGGGUUGUCUCCGGAGAAUGUGAUUGGAGAAGGUGGGUAUGGGAUUGUCUACAGUGGUAUUCUUGGCGAUGGUACCAGAAUCGCAGUCAAGAACCUCUUGAAUAAUAGGGGUCAAGCUGAGAAGGAAUUUAAGGUGGAGGUUGAAGUAAUUGGGCGUGUAAGACACAAAAACCUAGUGAGGUUACUUGGAUACUGUGUUGAGGGUGCUUACAGAAUGCUUGUGUAUGAGUAUGUUGACAAUGGUAAUCUGGAUCAAUGGCUCCAUGGGGAUGUCGGUGAAGUCAGUCCACUAACAUGGGAGAUCCGAAUGAACAUCUUACUGGGAACAGCAAAAGGUUUGGCCUAUCUUCAUGAGGGUCUUGAACCAAAGGUUGUCCACCGUGAUGUGAAGUCUAGCAACAUACUAAUUGAUCGACAAUGGAAUGCUAAGGUGUCCGAUUUCGGUCUUGCAAAGCUCUUGUGUUCCGAUACAAGCUAUGUCACAACUCGUGUUAUGGGAACUUUUGGUUAUGUUGCACCAGAAUAUGCCUGCACUGGAAUGCUGAAUGAGAAGAGCGAUAUUUAUAGCUUUGGAAUUCUCAUCAUGGAGCUAAUUACUGGAAGAAACCCCGUUGAUUAUAGUCGACAGCAAGGGGAGGUGAAUAUGGUUGAAUGGUUGAAAACUAUGGUCGGGAAUCGAAAAUCUGAGCAAGUAGUUGAUCCCAAGUUGCCUGAGAUGCCAACUUCCAAAGCACUCAAACGUGUUCUUCUUGUUGCCCUUAAAUGUGUUGAUCCUGAUGCAACAAAAAGGCCAAAGAUGGGACAUGUUAUCCACAUGCUUGAGGCAGAUGACUUGCUCUUUCGAGAUGAUCGCCGUACUGGGAGAGAUAUUGCUCAAUCAAAUCGCGAUCCCCAACAAGAAAGUCGUGCUGGUGCUAAGAUAGGUGAUAAGCAAUUGGGUGGAGAGACUUCUGAUACAACAAGUGAAGGUGAUAGUGGCAGGAUUCAUCACCAGCCAACAAGGUGGAGAUAACUCUGCUGGAAGAUUAGGUGACUAACAGAUAAGAUCCUCGUUUUUUGAAGCUCGAUUUCUUUUCCCAACAAGAUUUUUUUGCUGCACCUUCGCUCGCACAAGAAAAACAACAAAAUCUGUAUCUGUUGUAUGCUUAAGCUUCUUCCUCUAUACCUUUUCAGAUGUGCCCUGCAUCAGAUUGUGAUGCAUCUGUACAUUUGGGACAAAAUAUUUUUUCAUCAUUGUUAUAGAUAUCAUAGGUUCAUUGAUUUUUUUUUUUUUGCUUGUAAAACAUAAUAUGGUUAGUGUUACUUCAAAUAUACAUUCUUUCCAAAUAUCCACAUUAUAAGAGCCAAAUCUCUCUUA